AUGAGCGGCCGUACGCAUGCAGCACCCCGGGCUGCGACAAAAGCUUCAUCCAACGGAGCGCCCUCACCGUCCACAUCAGGACACACACUGGCGAGAAGCCGCACAAGUGCCUGCAUGUGGGCUGCAACAAGCGUUUCUCAGAUCUUCUGCCGCAAGACGACCAUGGUCAAGCACCAGCGGCGGUCGCACCAGCGCGGCAUGUAUUCGGCGGAGCUUGACGACUGCACGUCCGAGUCCGGCACCGAGGAGUCUCCUUCCACACCCAAGAGCGGCGCAAUCUCUUGGCCACCACCCGGCAACGGCAUGCAGCCCGGCAUGCCCCAAGGACACAUCAUCCACAGGGCGGCUUCCUUCGACAGCUUCGGCCAGCCGAUGAACCAGUUCGACAUGCAGCAGUACAGCCACCGCCACAGCCUGUCCGGAGGACCCCCGGAAUACCACGGCCAGCCGAUGCACGGCCAGGCCGCAAACAUGCCCCAGCACCCCUUCUACGUGACCGACCAGAGCAAUCCUGGCGUGGCCACCAUGAACACGGCACCCAUGGCCGCUCAGUAUCCUAUGCAGAGGCAAGCCGUGGAACGCAUCGCGGUCGACAUCCCAUAUCCUGCUCCCGGGCUAGCCGCGUCUGUCCAGAGCAGCCCGAGCACGUUUUCCACGCCCGGCCGGAGCCCCUCGACCAUGGACCGGUUCUAUACCCACCAGCCACCCCAAGCGGCGACGUAUGCGCUGCAGGGCGCCUCCCCGGUAGAUCAGCAGCCCCCUCUUGUCAACUUCCAUGACCCGAUGCACCAGCAUCCCCAACCCCAACCGCCACACCAAGGACACCCGGCAAUCCCAGCCCAGUAUCAGCAACCCCAGGCUCAGUCUGAAGAACAAUGGGCCUACCAAUACCAGUCCCCGGUUGAGGUCACUCCCAUCGGGCCUAUCUCCGCAUAUGGCACGGUAGCCUAUAAUCCCUGGGAAGAGCCAAAACUCGAAUUCGAGACCGCCGGGAUGACCAUGCCGAGUGCUCGGAUUGACGAGAUGUAG